AUGCUUAUUGAGAGGUUCAAAGAAAUAAGAAACAAGAUAUAUGAGGAUAUCCAUGCAGCCUCUGAGACAGACAUAAGAUUUAUGAGGGAUGCUCUGGGUCUACAAGACAUGGCAUAUGGAAGGAUCAAGACGUAUUCUGCCGAGGACAGCAAGGUUCUGGCGCUUUUUACAUUGAAGUACAAUGUUGCAGUUCUCUUGGAGUUUAUUUCCCGAAACGGAGUCGAGCUUGGGAGCGAUAUAUGUAUGGCGCUUUGCAAUGCAUUGUUUGAGGAGAUUCCUCAGGCAUCUCCUGAAUGUUCCCUGGAGAUCGAGGAUAUAAAAGCACGAACGGACGAGGUGAUUGUAGACAUCCUGUGUAGCAUUGGAGAGGGGAUGCAUGUUGAGAAGAUCAAGUCAUAUUUGAGCUUGCAGGAGAUUCCUGACGGGGUUAGCGUCAAUCUUGCAGUGGUGUUUACAGCUCCAUCCUGGAAGUCGUAUGACCUCCGUGUGAUUAAUGAAUUGGUUCUUGGGCCUGUUUUGGUGGAGCUGCUGAGAAGUUUUAAGGAAUCUCUCCGGCCGCAAAUAAAGGAAAGAAUAUUGGACUCUUGCAAGAAGAGACUUAGGAAUGAAAGAGAUCGGUCGAUUAUUUACCAAAUAUUCUACGAGCUUAACACAGGGAAGGACAUUAAGAUGUUUGAAAUUGAAGAAGACGAGAAAGAGGAGGCAUAUGUUGGAUUUAUAUACUCUCUAAUGGUUGAUGAAGAAAGUUGCUUAAAGGGAUAUGAGGUUUUGUCAAAGGCAGGUCUUUUUAACGACCUAAGAAAGGCUCUUGAAAUGAUAAAUGUUCUAAGCCAGGCAGAAUAUAAAAGAAUUAGGCCUGAAGAUGAAAAGCUCAUCUAUCAUCUUAUGCAAGUGAUUGAGAGGCUUGUAUCUUCAGACUGGCAUGGCCUUGGCUUUGUAAGGCUGUACUUCAUGAGAUUUGUCGAGCUGUUUCUUAACACUCUUGUAGGGCAAAUUUCUCUAAGGAUAAAAGGGCAGAUAUACGAGAUCCUAUCUUCAUUCAUGAGAGAUGGAGACUGUAAGGAAACAAUCUGCGAGUUUAUGAGAGGAGUUGGGAUAUUCAACAAAGAGGCCAUCCAUGCUGAUUUCGAGAAAGAACUUGAGAGUAAGAACUUCUCUAUGGCUCCGAGUUUCCUCCGGUUUUGUACGUUUCUUGGAAAUGAGGAAUGUAUCAGAUUUGCCAUGUACGCACUUAAAAGCGAGGAUCCAUCAACAGUCACCCGGUGCUUUGACGUCAUCGAAAGGUUUGUGGACAAGAAAAACACAGAGGGGGGGAGUAGCAGUGAGUUUAUUGUUUCUCAGCUCUCCUUGAUGUCUCAACAUAUUCGAGUAGCAAUGCUAAACAACUCACAAGUCACCAACAGGAUUUUGGAAUUCCAGCUGAGCACGGGCAUUGUGAUUGGAGAUGUGUCGAUAAUCAAUGUGAUCAUAAAUACACCGAACCCAAGGUUCUUUGAGUAUGUAAGGCUUUUUGAGGACUUCUCAUUCUUCAUGAAUGAAAACUUCCUUGAAAGGCUUUCUGAAGAUGAAGAAGAAGGCUUCAAAUAUCUCUGUGAGGUGACUGCUAACAACCAUGAAGCAUGCAAGUUUGUGAUGAACAAUGAAGAUUGGUUCAAUGCUUAUGUCAAAAACAAUCCUUGUGUUCAAGAAGCAGCCAUUAGGAUAUACGAGAACCUGGUUGAUUAUGACAUCGAGAAUGUGGAAGUCAGCUUUGACAGAGGGUUUAUCCUUCCAGACAUACCACAUCGGUCAGUAUUCUCGAUUCUUAGCAAGUUGAUUCUUUAUUCGGUUUAUACAAGAAAGACUUCAUACUCAAGAUAUAUCACAGACAAAGACUACAGCUUGGAUAGCUCAAAUAUCAAUGAGUACUGUUUGUAUAUCAAAUGCAGAAUAGUUGUAGGAGACAAUGUUGAGGAUAGGAUCAAAUAUCUUAUGAAACAGUAUACAGGAAUAGAAGAUCUACUCGGAUAUUAUGAGGUUUCCACUGGGAUAUCACUGAACAUCUCCUCCUCAAAGAACCUCUUGGUAAACAUAGGAAAGAAGGAUACAAGCAUGUUUAUCAACAUGUUUAGCAAUGCUAGUAACUUCGAGAAGUUUCUUUUAUUCUUUUUCAUUGGAGAAAUUGAUGCAGAGGAAGGCAAGGCAAUUGAGAAAAUAGUCAAAGAGGAAAUCACAAGAAUAAUGGUAUCCCAGUCCUCGAGCACAUCGGAGAAAAUGAUUCUGAGGCAAUGCUUGAUAACACUCUUGUCUCUUAACAACAUAGACUCGAUUGUGAGGUUGAUAGGCGAAUAUGACGACACCGAUCUACUUCUAAAAGCCAACAUAAGAAAUCUUCUGUGCGGAGGGUCAUACUUCAAUAGCUCUUUGGUCAUGAAAGGCCCAUUGGAGCUGCAAGUCUAUGCUGUUCUCCUCCUUUAUUACAAAUCAGUCUGGGACUUAGCUGCUCUGAAGGAUUGGAUCCUGUAUCUUAGGAGAGAGUGUAAGGAUAACGACGACCUGGAAUAUCUUAUAAGCGAUAUCAAGAGCAAAAACAUACGGAUUGAGCUUGAGUAA